AUGAAGUGGCCCCAGGCAGCCCACACGUGGCCAGCUGGUAUUCACCAAGCUGAAUCUGAGCGUGAUAUUUGCCAUAGUGAGGACACAUACGAGCAACCAGCCUUCUUGUUCCCGCUGUCCCCUUCUGCUUUCCGUGUUUUGGCAAGAGGGCGGAUGGAUUUUGGGGACAGAAAGUUCCUGUUGGGGCGUUCGAAAUCCUGGAGCGGCACCAUCUAUGAGCAGUGUAGUCGCCUUUCUCUUGCCCUACGGUGGUUCACUGGUGGGAAAUAUCCCUUGAAGAUUGCCAUCACCACCUUAAAAAUGUACUUGCCAGCUACAGUUUUUGGAGCAGCAGGCACUGUAUUUUUCGGACUCCAGACUCACAGAAACCACAGCCCUUUGAACGACAAUCUCAGUGUUGCAAGUAUCCUUGAUACGAUUCUAAGGAUAACAGUUAGCCAAAUUCUGCGUGUUACUCUGUUGUUGUACAAGCAGCUGCCAGAUGUUUUCACUGGAGCUGGGCAUGUUCACCUAAAGGCUGAAAGAAGCCCUGAAAGUGUAAAGGCUUGUGUCAAAAAGCACAACGGCGAAGAUGGUGAUAACGGGUUUAUAGAUGACUUAACAAAAUCUGCAGAAUUUACCAUAACAGAUGACUCUAAAGAUGAUUAUCAGUAUGAAGAGGUUCCAUCAGAUGAUGAAUUCAGUCUUCAGGAAGAUGAUGAGGAUCUGUCAAAGGCUUUGCAGGCUAUUCAAGAGCAGGCUGAAGAUGCACAAAUUUUAGCUUUGCAAUCAGUUCUGACUUCUGAGAAAUCGGUGUCUGAAAUACCUGAAGCAAUGGAUGACUUCAUCUGCAAUUUCCUGGUCAGACUGGGAAUGUCCAGAACCCUUGACUGCUUCCAAACUGAAUGGUAUGAACUCAUACAGAGAGGUGUGUUCGCAGCCAAAGAUAUUGGAUUGGUUCCAACUGUAUGUACCCGCAACCAGCAACUUGAAGCUGAGAAUAUGCAUUUGAGGAAAGAUUUGGAAAACUUUAAACUUGCUGCAAGCAAGGCAAAAGAGGCUUUCGUAAAAAUGCAGAAAGAACGUGACUUCCAUCGAAUGCAUCAUAAGCGAGUGCUCCAGGAGAAAAACAGGCUUAUUUGUGACUUUAAAAGGCUGAAGGCACAUUAUGCAUCAUAUGAACCAGUGCUGAAGCAGUUGACUGAAAAAUACCAGACUACACUGAGACAGAAAAUGUUAACUAGUUUGGAGAGAGACAGAGCAGUUGGACAGGUUACAGGUUUGCAAGCCACAUUACAAAACUUAGAGUCUGGACGUGCUAUUCAGAUUCCUGUGACAAAAGCAGGCCACGAAUGUCAAAGGAAGAAAGGGUUGAAAUGUCCCACCGAGAAAUCUCUUCAGGAAGGCAGGCAGCAAAAAAUCCUUGAUGCUGAAAGAUCUUCAUGUGAUCCAGUCAAAGAUGCAGAGAAGAAGAUAGGCAAGAGAUAUCCAAAGGAUUUAGAGUUCCCUGUUGAUACUCAAGUGAACCCAUAACUUGUGCAUGCUAAAGAAUAUACUCAACCCCUGAAAUCUGGAGAGUAUAAACUGAGCCACAUUUUAAAAAUGCACGACUUAGCAGUGAGCUGCUUGGCUUUACAUCCCUGAAAAGACAUUGUAGUCACUGGCAGUGAUGACCACCUCUGGAAAAUGUGGGCUUUACCUGAUGGGAACAUCUUCCUGACAGGUGAAGGUCACACUGAUUGACUUUCGGGCUGCUGCUUCCAUCCAAGUGGCACCCAGCUGGUCACUUCCAGUGGGGAUACCACAGUGUGGAUAUGGGACUUUUCAAAACGUGGAUGAAUUCUUACUUCAGAAGGACAUGCCCACGCUGUAUGGGACUGCUCAUGGCAUUCAUGUGGUGAUUUUGGUUCUGCCUCCAUGGACCGCACAAGUAAAAUAUGGAUGUUAACAGGCAAUGGACAACUUUUAAAUGAAAUAUUCACUAUCAGAUUUGUAGUUAUUUUUCGCCACACCAAACGUAUCCGUAUCAGGACUGGUCUCCGUGUUUACACGUUCUAUGGUCACCUGCAUUCCUGUAAUCAUGCUACAUCCAACAUGAAGGGUGAUACGGUUGCUUCCUGUGACUCUUCUGGUGUGAUGAAGCGCUGGGACUUUUGGCAGUCAGUCCCCGUUUUAUCCAUAGAUGCAGGCCCACAUCCUGCCAACCAGGUUGUCUUUGAUCACUCUGGUCGUAUCGUGGCUCUGGCAAGCAGCGAUGGAUCCGUUGAGGUUCUGCGACUUGGGUUUGGGCAGCUCUCCAGCCUGCAGGGCCACGGCGGCGAAGCGCACGGCGUUCUCUUCGCCCACAAGGCAGAGCAGCUGCUCUCCGGGGGUGCCGACGGUACGGUUUGUCUCCGGACCCGAGGACCAGCACGCUGCUUAACCUAA